AUGGAUAAUAAAGAAAUUCUUGGAUCAAUUCUGGAAGAAGUAAAGUCAAUGAGAAAAGAGCUCAACGAAUUAAGACUGUACGUCUAUAAGAAUGUCCCACAAACGAACGAGGAAAAGGCUCCUGCAAUUGUCAAUGAAGGAGAAGCUGAGAUGAGAAAUGAAAAUAGUCAAAGCUUGAUGAAUAUCAUCGGUCAAACUCAAAACAUGAUGAGCUUGAAUGAGAAAGAUAAUAAUAAAUUACAAGAACAAAUAAUCCAAUGUUUUUUGGGGGGAAAACAAGUCGAAAGAAAAGACGAAAAAAUCGAAGAAAAAGCACAAGACGAAAAACUUGUUGUGAAAAUUGAUGAAGACGAAAAAGUCGAAAAAAAGGAAGAUAAAAUAGACAACGCCGAAAAAGAAAAAUCGGUCAUACCCGAAAAUGUCAUCGAAUGCGUUUUUCAGCGAACGCAUCUCCACCCAACAAAAUGUUUGUUCGACACUAAAGUCGACAAAAUUGUCCCAUCAGUUUUCUUUGCUAAAACGAAAAACCAGAAAAAUGUUUUAAUUCAUGUCGAGACAAAAAGUGGUUCUUUUGGGAGUUUUCACAGCUUGAUGCCAAAGGAGGUUAUGCAAGACACGUUUGACGGAGACAAGAGCCUUUUCAUAUACUCUGAUAGUGGAAAAACAACCCUUUUCAAUCCUAAGCGUUCCGCCGAUGCAAUCCCAACGUAUUUUCAAGAUGGAUCUAAAAAUCUCUUUGGGAUUUUUUACGGUUUCUGGCUGAAGAAAACUAUGGGGUUUAUCAUCGACGGCGAAAUUGGCAAUUUCUUUGGAGCCAAGACUGAGUUCACCGAAAAAGAGGGAGAUGUGACACGAAUAACUGCAUGGAUUUGUGGCUUUCAUUACGUCAUCCAAGCCGAAAAAAUGAGAGAAGAAGAUACUGUGAGAUUUGAUGUUGGGAACGGGGAGGUGUUAUCAAUAAUUGAUGAGAAGGUCGAGGGAACCUUUUUAGAAGGAAAAUACGAGAUUGAGGGCAGCGCUUCUGAGAUAUUUGGAAAAAGUUUAGUGAAAGAGAAGGUUGGCCCAAAUGAGAAAGUGACAAUUAGUUUUGAUGUGAUUGAGAUUGGCGAAUCGGUCCGUCUCAAAACAUACGAUGAGCAGAAAGAACAGGUGCUUAAGCUCAAAAGUCGAGGGAAAGAACUCAUUGAUACGUCGAGCUUUGAAGACGCUGCAUCAGUCUAUGAGAGCUGUUGCGCAAUUCUACACACAAUGCUCGAUGACAAGAGGUAUCAGGAGCACAUUGAAGACAUCAAAAAGCAGCUUGCGCUCAUCCAUUCGAAUCUUUCGUUGUGUUUCUUGAAGCUCGACAGACUCGAUGAGACUAAAGAGCAGUCGGAAGAGGUUUUGAAAUUUGACAAAAACAACGUCAAAGCGUUUUACAGGAUUGGUGUGGUUCUUAACAAGAAGAAGUCGUAUCCACUUGCUUUAAACUACUUGAAAAAGGCACUCAACCUUGCCAAAGGUGAUGGCUUAAUUCAACGAGAGUACAACGUAUCGGCAAAUAACAUUAUCAGAAUCGCAAAGGAGAAAAAGUAG